AUGGCGUCGAGAAGAAAGGUCUUGCUCAAGGUCAUCAUCCUCGGCGACAGUGGCGUCGGCAAGACCAGCUUGAUGAACCAAUAUGUGAACAAGAAGUUCAGCGCGAGCUACAAGGCCACCAUCGGCGCCGACUUCCUGACCAAAGAGGUCCUCGUCGAUGACCGCUUGGUGACGAUGCAGCUCUGGGAUACUGCAGGACAAGAGCGCUUCCAGUCCCUCGGCGUUGCCUUCUACCGCGGUGCCGAUUGCUGCGUCCUUGUCUACGAUGUGAACAACGCCAAGAGUUUCGACACCCUUGAUAGCUGGAGGGACGAAUUCCUGAUCCAGGCGAGCCCCAUGGACCCCGAGAGUUUCCCCUUCGUCGUUAUCGGUAACAAGAUUGAUGUUGAGGAGAGCAAGCGCAUGAUCUCGACCAAGCGCGCCAUGGCAUUCUGCAACUCCAAGGGCGGCAUCCCCUAUUUCGAGACCAGCGCCAAGGAGGCUAUCAACGUCGAGCAGGCGUUCGAGGUCAUCGCGCGCCAGGCCCUUGCGCAGGAGGAGGCAGGCGACUUCAACCAGGAUUUCCCCGAGACGAUACCCAUCAACCUCGACGGCGACCGUGACGGUUGCGCGUGCUAG